AUGAUGGAUGACGCCAAGUGCAUCACCGAUGAGCUGGCUCGUCUAGUCGAGACCGAGGGCAAAGAUGUUGCCGUGGUGGCGCAUUCUUACGGCGGCAUCGUUGCCACCGAAGGUGUCCAAGGACGCUCCAGCAAGGCUACUCGUGCGCAAGCGGGGCAAAAGGGCGGCGUCUUCCGCAUUAUUUACAUUGCUGCUUUCCUCGUUCCUGUUGGGUCGAGUCUGUGUGACCCUCUUGGCGGUACGAUUCCGCCAUUCAUUCCCGUGGAUGAACAAGAGAUGUGCAUCAUGAGCAGCCCCCAGAAAAUGUUCUAUCAUGACCUACCUCCAGCCGAACAGGAGCAAUGGGCAGGCGAGAUGCUGAAAAGCCCUGCCUCAACACAGGUCGCACCGAUAACCUAUGCAGCUUACAAGUUCCACCCUGUUUCGUAUCUCUACUGCACUAUUGACCAGGCCCUCCCAUACGCAGUACAGAAAAGGAUGGUCGGAACCAUCAGUGAGCGGUAUCGCAUAUCGUUUUGUACCGAUGUCCUUCAGGCUAGUCACUCGCCAUUCUUGAGUAUGCCUGACAAGGUUCUUGCAGCAGUUGAGAGGCAGCUGGGAAUUAUGCCCAGGUAG